GCUCACAUACACAUACACGCACACACACACAGGGAGAGAGGGAGAAGCUUGACGCAAUGUCAGCGUUCGCGUACAAGGAGCCAACGGCCGCACCGGCCACCGCCGCCCGUCACCGCAAGCCUGCACGUGUCAACUACGUCAUCGAGGCCUGCACCCCUGCGAUGCUCUGCCUCGUCCGCGGUGCCCAGGCGAAGGCUUACACGCCCCUCUCGCUGGAAGACGUCUACGAAGCGGUGCAGCCGCACGACCUUGCCCUUCGGCCCUCGCCAUACAUCGCCCAUCAAGCACUCCUGGACUUUUAUAAAAUCUGCGACGGCUACAACGGCGUGGAAAUGGAAGCGGUGGACCUGCAGCAGCUGACGGUGGGCAGCCACUCGAAGGGGCACCACAGCGGUGCUGCUGCUACUGCCGCUGCCACUGGGGUACCGACGCAGCACGGGAGCAACGCAUCUGCAUCGACCCCUGCAGGUCCAUCUUUUUCCUCCGCCGCCGCCGCCGCGGCUUCGGCUUCCACGUCUGCCCUCCCAGCGCUGCCACCGCUGCCCUCGCCAGACGACCCAAACAUCGCGGAGAAGCUGAAUGACUACCGCAUUGCCCAGCUGCGCCGCAACGCGCAACACGUCGACAACAGCGUCUAUCACGCAGGAAGCGCCAGCGCUUCGUCUUCCUCUGCUCCUUCUGCUUCUGCUUCGGCGGGAGGUGGUGGUGGUGGCGCGGGUGUCUGCCACUUCUACCGCACACCAGGUGGGUGCUACCGCGGUGCGCAGUGUCCGUUCCUGCACCUCGACAAGGCCGGACAGCCGCUCCCCAAGGCUCCGUUUGGAAUUGGGAAACGAUCCUGA